AUGGGGACCAGCAAUUCGAAGUUGAAUGCAAAUGGAGGAGGAGAGGUUUUGCCUGCAAGAAUUCGCCCCUUACUUCAUCGCCGAGUCGAGGAGUUAAGAAAACGCAAGAGUGGAACCAAUCUACGAGGUGGAGCAGCAGUAGAAGAAGAAGAGGGAACGCUCUCCAAGAAGCAGUUGCUGAAGCACGAUGAUGAGAACUUUCAAUCUUUUGAUGAAAAUGAAACUGAGAACACUCGACUAGCCGAAAGUGUAGAAAAGCUCUCCAAAGUGGUUCCAUUGCCGGUUCCUGAAUGUGCCACUCAGGAACAGCGUGAUGAAUUACACAGUGAUCGUGAACUUGGGAAGAAGGUUGAGGGUGAGCUCAAAACAGAGAAGGUGAAGAGUGCAGGGCCACAAACAGAGCAAGCAAAUGCAGAACAUGGUGGUGAUGAUGAUGACGAUGACGAGGAAGAUGAGGAUGAGAUUGAAAGUGGAAGACGUAUAGGUCCUGGAUCACCCAGCUUCAAAAUUUAUUGCGUUGAGACCGAGAACAAUAAAGAGCAAGAAGAAUCAGAUGAAAGUGAAACUGAGAACCAAAGCAUUGCGAAGCUACCGAAAUCACCCAGUCUUAACAGUGUAGAAAGCUUUGAUUCUGCAUCAGGGAACUUGGGAAACUCAAACGAGAUUGUGGAAAUCCCAUCAAUUCCGAACAGAAAAGGACCUAAGAAAAAGAAAUUCGGGGCUAUGAAGAAGAAUAUACUGAACGUCAAGAAUCUGAAUAUGAAUCGAAUGAACCAAAUGUUGGCCUGCACCGGCAAUGACAGAAGAAAUCUUCUUUCAGAUGACUGA